AUGGAUUCCAGCGCCCAUAAAUUCUAUCCUGUACACGGCUUUGAUUCUAGAGACCAUCUGGAAACAUAUUUUUCUAACAAACCAGACAUGGUCUUUGGAGAUGAUACAAUGAAAUUUCCAAUGGAAUGUUUACACCGUGCAUUCAGUGAAGGUCACAUUAAGGAAGACCUUUUGAUUGACAUCAGUAUUGGAUCCUUCAUUCAUCAUCUAUAUACACCCAGUGGAUAUUUCAAACAGAUCCUUGUGCUGAAGUGCUCUGAGCAAUGUAUUAUGGAGGUGAACAAAUGGAUUAACACACGUACCGGAGCGUUUGAUUGGUCUCACAUAAUGGAAUAUAUUAAAUGCACAGAAGGAAACAGUGACCAGUGUCAGGACAAAGACAUGACAUUGAAGACAGCAAUAACAAAGAUCAUGAAAUGUGACAUUGAGAAAGAGAAUCUCACAGACCCGGAGGUGCUCCCACCAGCAGACUGUGUCAUCAGUGCAUCUUUCUUGGAUUUAAUCAGCAAAGACCAAGAUGAUUAUAUAAAUAAUUUCAGAAAAUUUGUGAAGCUACUAAAACCUGAUGGACACCUGAUAUUGAUAUGUGCUCUAAAUACAACUUAUGUGAUGGUUGGGCAGGACAAGGUACAUGUGUUCAGAUAUGAUGAGAAAUUUGCAAGAAAAGUUCUCACUGAUGAAGGGUUUGUUAUUGACCACUGUGCAGUCCAAAAAAAAACAGCAGUGAGUGACCUCAUUGACUAUGAGGCAUUUAUGUUUAUUACAGCUCAUAGAGAGUAAUAAGGACCUGAUUCUGAGUCAUUUUCUUAUACUGCGCAUGUGUCCAAAUCGCACUGUGCAUUCAUCUUGAUUGUGUUUGUACACAGUUCAAGUAGCUUUGACACAUGCACAUAGAAGUGUAUUGAAAAUAUAUCAGGUGUUCCCAGGUGUGGUUUCAGAGAAAAGGGGGCCCAUAUACAGGUUCCGUAUGGACCACCUCCUCUUUGGCAGUUAGGUAGACUCUGGCUUUGUGCCACAGUUUGCUCUGCAUGCGCAGGUCUCUGAGAACUUGGCACCUGCACCUUGUUCCAGGGGAAAAUCUCUACUGCUCAAAUCACAAGGAUAAUGGCCACGGUGGACCCUUUCCCUGUGAUUUUUGCAGCUCUGCACCCAGUGCGGGGACAGUGGAGUGAUUAGUAUAAUUAUAUUGGUGCAGGGUGUGCGGUGUGUGGGCUUGAAAACAGGGGGCGUGGAUCAGAAUCACAUCAUUUCUGGGAAGCCAUGCCUCCUUUUGCCAAGUCCAUGUCCCCUUUUUGGGCGUAGGAUUAACUAUACCACCAUGGAGAAUGUUGGGAGGUAUGUAUGACAAUGUGUUGGAAGUGUUGCAGGUACAGAUGUGUCCACUUACACCUUUUCUGUACAUACCAUGGCUAAACUUUUUUGUACGUGCAGCGAGUGGAUGGAUUUAAAAGAAAUAUUGAUUCCCAUAAUAGAAUAUGUAUAAAGUAGCAUAAUAAAGCAUGGCUGAUCUCUGACUCUAUGGCAUGCCAAACCGUGCCAUACAUGGAAGAAUAUAGGAAAGGUGUAUGAGGACUCAUCUGUAUGUCGCUGAAGUGGCUGUGUAUAGAGACAUUUAGAUGCUCACACCUAGCAACAGAAGCGGCCGCAGUGUAUGACUCAGAUCAGCCCCUACUGUAAGUCUGAGAUGCAAAUAGACAUAGAUACACUGGAUCUUCCUGUCAAUUUGCAAAUGAUAAAUCUUAAUAAUAAUCACAUAUAUUACUGUACAUUUAUAUUGAGCUGAUGUUAAAACCUGAUCAACAGAUAAAGUAAUUGUCAUUUCU